ACACGCACGCACACACACACACACAUGUUGCGACAACGCACAUUUUCCCUGCCUCCUUCUUUACUGCUCGGCUCCAUCUCAACUCUUCCUCUCUCUCCGUCUCUCUCUCUCAGCAGGAGGGCAGAGGAGUAGGAGGAGGAGGUGGUGCACACUGUUGAGUAGUUUCCCAGUCGUCAUGACGACCUCACACCCCACCAUCUCCAGAGCUGUCUUCCUGUUGCCACGGUGACCUGAUCCCGCUCCAUCUCUCCGCUCCUCUUGAUGAUCCGGAUUGGGCUGAUAAAGGAGAGCGAUCCUUUCCCCUGAAAACAGCCCUUGGAUGGGACAGCGGAUCACAAGCAGGGACAGGGUUCGGAGGACAGGAAGGUGCGGCGUGCUGGGAAUGCUGCUGGAGUAACACCGGAGCGUUGCCUGGAAACAGCAGCAUGCCAAUACAACAGAUAACUGUGGUUCCGGCCAAGGAGACAGCCAACAACGGCAAGAGUGCUGCUCGCUCCAAAGACAAGGCUGAGGGGAGGAAGGCCCCUGGGCGCUCAGGGAGUCGAUCCAGCAACAUCUCCAAGGCCAGCAACUCUACAGCAGGACCAACUACAGCCUCAAGAACAUCAAUCACCCCGUCUUCUCAGGACAUUUGCAGUUCUAGCCAGCUGACCCGUUUAGAGGAGGAUGUUUCUGAAUCGCACAAACACAACAAGCACCCACACACCUCUGUGAUGGCCACCACCAGCACGACUCUGGCCUCGUCGGCUCAGGCGCAGAAGAAGCAGGUGAAGCGCCGUCACCGCCGCAAGAGAAGCAGCUGCACCGCCGACGACUGCGUGGAAACCAACGGCAAGCAGGAGCAGAGCGACCGCAGCCACAGCUCUGACCGCAGCGAGCACGGGGAGAAGAGGGAGCGGUCUGCCAAGAACCGGAGAGAGCUCCCGCCUCGCCUCCGCUGCUCGGGGGCCCCGCAGUCAGACUCCACCUCUGGGGAUGAGGCUUUGCGCGAAGCCCGCAGCUGGAGCAAAGAGAAAGCCCGAAGAGUGCGUCGCCGCAGCGGAAGCGACCGAGAGAGGGAUGGAGAGAACGGGGGUAAAGGAGUAGAAGACAAAGCAGAGGUGAUGGAGCUGCAGUCGAUGGGCUCGGAUGAAGGGAAGGAGAACCAGCCUCAGGUGGAGGACAGCGGAGGCCUCAAGAAGCGCCACGGGAGCAGGACCUCCGUGAAGAGAGACAGCCACGUUUCACAGAGGGAAAGCUCACACAGCAGAGAGAAGGAGAAGUGCUACAAGUCAGGAGACAGCUCCUCAUUGGCAGAGGACGGCGAGGAGCUCAUCACCAAGAGCUACCAGGAAAAGGGGUCAGGUGGUGGGGACAUGGCAGUGCCCACGCCACAGAAACCCUGCAUGAAUGGAGGCACGUUCCGGCAGUACUCUGAUGACUCUGAGACUGAGGUCUGCAGGAUCUGCCACUGUGAGGGGGAUGACGAGUGCCCGUUGAUCAUGCCUUGUCGCUGCACAGGGAGCCUGAGUUUCGUCCACCAGACCUGUCUCAACCAGUGGAUCAAAUCCUCAGACACUCGCUGCUGUGAACUCUGCAAGUUUGACUUUGUUAUGGAGACGAAGCUCAAACCUUUAUUCAUGUGGGAGAGGCUAAACAUGACGAAGGGCGAGAGGAGGAAGAUCUUCUGCUCAGUGUUGUUUCACCUGAUAGCAUUAGUGUGUAUGUUGUGGUCGGUCUACGUUCUGGUCAAGAGAACCGCGGAAGAGAUCAGACUUGGGAAGAACGACGAGUUACGGAGAUUUACCCUUCUGAAGUACUAUACGGAAGGGGGUGUGCUGGAGUGGCCCUUCUGGACCAAGCUCAUUGUGGUGGCCAUAGGCUUCACGGGCGGCCUCAUCUUCAUGUACAUCCAGUGUAAAGUCUACCUGCAGCUGUGGCGCCGCCUUAAGGCCUUCAACCGCAUCAUCACUGUGCAGAACUGCCCCGAGAAAGAGCUGCACAACCCUCGGGCCCGAACCAGCACCCUGACCAACGGCAGGCACGAAACGGUGGAGGUUCCAGUCAGUCCGGCCCCCGUCCCGGCUCCAGAGGUACAGACGGACUCGGACAUGUCAGUGGAGGAUGCGGUGGCGCCCGCACAAAACCCCGUCUGAACGAUUCUCCUCCCGCUCAGAAAGAGUCCCGAAUCUCAUCCUGCUCAUCCGACAACACAAGCUGGUGUGAGCAGCGCGUGAUUUAGACUCGUACAAUGUUUUAGUGUUGUUCAUCUCAGCUCCGGUGAUUACUGAUCUUGAGACACAAGAGACAGAUUUUUCAGUGAUCACGGAAAACUGAGAGGCUGAAGGGCUGCGGUGACGUGAAUGUGCAAAGUAACGAAGAAGGUGGCAGGACAGAAAAGAGGAGAAAAAAGGAGGCGAGGAGAUGUAAAGGAAAAAAAAGCCAUCAGCAAGAGACGUUUGUAAAGACUGUAGUUAUGUGAUAUAUUGAGUUUUAUUCCUGUAUGCACUUUCUCAAACUGCACUGACAUGAGUCGAAGGUGUGAACACCCUGUGGAUGCUAUUAAAGGUCUCAGUAUGCUUCAAACGAACCUCAGACGACACGUCUUGCAACCGUGUCUUAAGGCCACACGUGGUUGCUGCGAGGAACUGUACAAACGGGGACAACACUCUCUGAAGUCUCUCCUCAAAGGCAUUCAUAGUUUUGCAAUUUGAUGUAUCCAUGGGAAAAAUGAUGGAAGCGGUUGUGCAGAGAAUGCAGAAAAACAAAAACUUGUAUGACAAGUUCACACCUCCGCACACCAGGCUGUUGACACGUAAAAGGGCGGAUACCGUGUGAAAACAGAAACAGUGUACGUACAUGCAGUUCUGUUUUUGACACAUUGGAUGUCUGAUUGUUCAAAUUAGAUUGUUAGAUGAUACGAUAUGCACUUAAUGACGUCUUAAAGGCCGGGGGAAGGUUAAAAAAAAGCAGACAAGUGUUCAUAGUUUUUCCAAACAGCUACACUCAUCUUUGACAUGGUGUCAUAGAAACGUGGUAGUCAUUAAAAUGGAAA